AUGGCGCAAUCAUUCCGAUUACAGACAUUCGAGUCGCAGAUCUUGAGCCUGCUCCAUCGCGAGCGCGGAAUAAAGGUUACCUCCAGCCACUGUAUACCUACCGAGAAUCGCAGCCGGUGGUCGAUUCCAUCUCUCUUGUCCGCCAUAGCUCUCACACUUCAGAGCAAUCAACACGUCGCCGAGGCGACUGCAUUGCACGAUGCUGUCGAAAGAAUCACUGCAGACAAGAACUUCGGUGGAUUGGCUUUACGCGACGACGAACAUGAUUUGCUAUCUGAGAUCGAUUAUGAGAGCGCUGCGUUCAUAGUAGAAGGGAUGUUAAUGUCCGUGAGUGCGGAGGAAUCGUCGCGAUGCUUUCUUCCUUUGUCGGGCUCAGUUCCCGCCACAGGACCAAUGACACUGGCACAAAAGAUCUUCAUGCAGCAUCUAGUCGGCGGGAAUCCAGCAGCUGUUCAACUGCGAGCCGGCACUGUUGUUCGCGUAGGCCUCGACUGGGUUCUUUCGUCGGAGUUAUCUUGGCAGGUGCGUAUGAGGCUUCGGCGAGUUUAG